AUGGGAUUUAGAGACCUGAGGGAAAAGGAGCCAACUCAGGCUAAGAGGAGGGCUUCCAGUCCAAAGUCCCUGGAUCUCAGGCUAGUGAGUGAUGACUAUGACUGUGCUGGAUGGUUGGAGGUUUUCCACAAUGGGACGUGGGGCAGUGUGUGCUCCAAUCUCAUGAACAUCAACACCGUCUCAGUCAUCUGCAGACACCUGAGUUGUGGAAACAAGGGGUAUCUUGAUUUCCAUUCUAACCACAGAAAUUUGCCUAUCAAGUGGUUAGAUAAAAUCAACUGCCAAGGCCAGGAGCCCUCCCUUUGGCAUUGUCCUUCUCAGCCUUGGAAUCAGGCUUCUUGCUUUGAGGAUCAAGAAGCCUAUAUCACAUGUGAAGGAAGGAAGGACAGUGACUGUCCAACCUCCAGGCAAUGCACAGAUAAAGACAAACUCCAGCUCAGGGGAGGGGAGACCCCAUGCUCUGGACGAGUGGAGAUCUGGCAUGAUGGCUCCUGGGGGACAGUAUGUGAUGACUCCUGGGAUCUAGCAGAGGCUAAUGUGGUUUGUCAGCAACUGGGCUGUGGUUCUGCUCUGGCUUCCCUAGAAGGGGCUGCAUUUGGCUCAGGAAAUGGGACCAUCUGGCUGGAUGAGGUACAGUGCAGAGGGAAAGAGACUUCUCUAUGGGAUUGUCCUGCAGAACCCUGGGGGCAGAACGACUGUAAACACGAUGAGGAUGCUGGUGUGGUGUGCUCUGGACAAAUCACUCCACAGGACAAAACAGUUCCUCCUCCUUUGAAUCCUGGUUUGUUCUCCUUACCCUGGAUCCUCUCUCUCAUUUUGGGUGUCCUUAUAUUCUUGCUCCUCUUUCUCCUGGGGAUCCAGCUACACAAAAAGAAGGUUCAGCAACAAGCUGUGUCUGGAUAUGGGGAGUCUCUUUACGAAAGCAUGUACGAAGAGAUCAAUUAUGACCUGACAGAGAAUGAGGAGGACCUUUUGAGCAACCCAGAUGGGCCAAGUUGGUCAAAUGAUACUCUAGCUGAUGGUUAUGAUGAUGCUGGAGAAGAACCUGCACCUGAAAUUCCUUCUGUCUCCCAACUGAAUGAGAAGGACUCCCUGGGACCUCUCAGUAAAUUGGAUGAGGACAAGAGAUCUCACACAGGUCAGUCUCUGAAAUCCUUUGGAGGAUCAGAAAGCUCAAGGAUGGAAGAAAGAGACCUAUCAAUGGACCCAGAGGACCAGGGUUAUGAUGAAGCUGAGAUUGGUGUUCCAGAAACAUCAUUUUAAGAACAACAACCAAUGAUCUCUUAAUAAAUGUACAUUGAGUAGAAUUGAAGUAGAA